CAAUUAUUAUACUCAUUUUCAUCUAACUUUUCUGUUAUUAGUUAAGGUUACGAUUGUUAAUAUAUAAUGGCACAAGAUGAAGAUGAAGAGGAUCUUUCGUUUAACGUCGAAGAAGUACAAAACAUCGUGAGAGAUAACAUUGAAUUUUGUCUUGGAGGGAACACUUAUAGCCAUUCUCGAGUUCCACAAUGGAUAACAGUUAUUACAGAAAAGACGUUGACCAGACUUAAUAAACUUAACAAGCCAUUCAAAUAUAUUAUGAGAAUAACGGUGACCCAGAAAAAUGGUUCUGGUUUACACACGGCGGCCGCGUACUUUUGGGAUAUAGCGACGGAUGGGACGUGCACUGUGCGCUGGGAAAAUAAAUACAUGUAUUGCAUUAUAAAUAUAUGGGCGCUCUCUUUACAGAUGUAA